AUGAAAGUUUCCAUUUUUCUGGUAACGUUUUCGCUCGCCGUUUUCUGCAUUAGCGCAUAUGCAUUCAACACUGAAGAACAUGUGAAACGUUUCUUUCGUCCCGAGCACCGACACCUUUUACCCGAGACAACGAGCCUACAACUCCUGGAUGAACCUCGCCGAGCUCUGCUGCCACAGCAUGACGAGUCUACCCAAUGCUUAGCUGCCUGUGAGAAAAACUGUGAAAAAAUCGAAGUAGAGGAUUUUUUGACGGUAAGGAUCUCUAUCUCUAUCUCUCUGAGUCUUCUGCCUUGGUUAUUAAUACGUAUUAUUUGCGAUGCACUUCGCAAGUUCUAUCGCCACACCUUCUUGUAAGGGUGGUAGUGCCAUACCUAAUCACCCGUCUUUACUGUUAUACUGGGCAAAUCUUAAAUCAAUUUUUUCGUUUUCCUUCUAAACAGAAGGCCGAGAACUUCCGAAAAUUUGAGUUCGACGACGUUGCGGCGGACUGUGUUCUGGCAUCCACUGUUGUGUUCGCUAAGCCUCCGUACAAGUGUGACUGGCUUGAGCUGUACCAGUUUGACUGCUGUCGGGCCUGCAAUGCACAAUUCGAAAAGUGUAAUAAAGAUGUGCGCAGAAUUCCCGGUGGACCAGAAUUCUGCUAUAGGAAGCAAUAUAAGUGCCAGUGCGACUGCCUCAAUAAACACAGGCCCGUAGAAAAUUCAGAACAGAUCAAGCCCUAG